AUGGAACAACCGGCCUUUAUCUUCUUGAAUACAACAGGCGCGUCUAGUCUCUCUCCGCCGGCUGCAAAGCGAAUGAGGGCGCAUAUCACGAAAACCAACUUCGCCAAACGCCGUCAACAUGCCCCGUCAACUGGAUCAGAACCAAGAGAACAGAGAAAGGAUCAGUCGCGGCCGUUGAAAGAGAGCGAAAAACCUAAAAGCAAGCAGAUCACCACAUUAUUGCCGCCUAAAUCCACUAGCCCCGAUUCAGCUCGUGAUGCAACAGCUUUUCAGAAGCUUCAAGAACUAGUCUUCCUAGAAGGCAGGCACUCUCCGGGCAGCCCAAGCGAAGCAGCAUGGUUUAAUCUUAUUGCCUCGGACCCAGUCCUAAUUGAAGCGUCACUGGCUGUAGCGGUACGACACUGGUCGCCCGAUAACGCAUGGCAAUUGAAAGCAUAUCGGCAUUCAUAUGCAGCAGUUCAUUCCAUCAAGCAGCGAAUCAUGUCGACGGGGGCUCGGACGGACGGUGUUCUCGGGGCGGUUACCACAUUGGCAUUCGGGGCGACACUAGAACAGGAUGAUGUGGCGUGGAAUGUUCAUGUCUUUGGUCUCGCGCAUAUGCUCAAAGACAGGAAAUCUCGCACGAUGACUCCGCCGCCAUCAUGGAUAACCGAUCUGAUUGUCCAGGAUUCCGUCAACGCCAUCUUCAAAUUUCCAAGACUAUAUCACGAGCGCAUUCUCGAGGUCUUGAUUGAUUACAAUGAUCAGAGAAUCCUCGGAAUAAAAGGACUCUGUGACAGUGUGAUCCAGCUACAGAAAAUGAUCGAGUCCCAUCAUCAACACCAAUUUGAUCCGACUCUAGUGGCACGAGAGAUUGAGGAGCCACUGGCCCAGCUGCAUUACAAAGUACGCGCUCUCCGAGCUAUUGACGAUCUAUAUGUCCAGGCCACUGCGCGAGCGAUCGAACUAGUGCUCUAUCUCCUCUGGCCAUCGCGGUCGGGAGCUUACUUGACCCUUCUUGCGGGGGAAUUGAAAGAAGCUAUAUGUCGAUUUCCAAUCAAAGGGUGCUCCUAUAUGAAUUUGACUUCCUUUCCGCUGAUGAUUGGGGCCAUUGCUGCCGACAAGGACUCGGUCCCUCGGGCAUGGUUUGUUGACCGGCUGGCCCGGGAAGUGCGAGCGAUGCAGUUGCGUGGCCAAGAAGGCUUCGAGACCUCCCUCGAGUACCAGCAAGACGUUAGGAUUCCAUCAGCUCAUGAAUUGGGUCCCCACGAAGUUCUUGUUCGCAUACAUGCAGCGAGUUUAAACUAUCGCGAACUAGUCAUCGCCGGUCCUAUGGGUAUCAAUGGACCGAUCACACCACCAGUGAUUCCAGGCUGUGACGGUGCCGGCAUAGUCGAAGCCGUGGGAUCAUCCGUCCAUGAAUUCCGUCUAGGCGAUCGAGUCAUCACACAAGCCUCGUAUAAAUGUGCUGAAGCUCGCGGAGACGAUGCACUCGCAGGCAUCGCCGAUGUUGCAGCCUGCCUCGGUCAAGGAUCUGACGGCACGCUUCGAUCCCAUGGUGUUUUCUCCGAAGCUGGUCUUGUCCACGCGCCCAAGUCUCUCGACUUUCUUCCUGCGUCUACCUUGACUUGCACUUGGACUACUGCUUGGAAUGCUCUGUUCGGUCUAAAAGGCCGGGAAGCAGGGCCGGGCUCGUGGGUGCUUGUUCAAGGCACCGGCGGGGUUAGCAUUGCAGCUCUGCAGCUCGCUGUCGCAGUGGGCGCGACUGUGAUUGCGACUACGUCGUCUGAGGAGAAAGCGGCUCGUCUGAAGACGCUGGGUGCGACGCAUGUUAUCAAUUACCUGACCAAUCCGAAGAGCUGGGGUGAGGAAGCCCGUCGCUUAACUCCUAGUGAGAGAGGCGUGGAUUUUGUAAUUGAUGUUGGCGGUAAUGAGACACUCCCUCAGUCUCUGGCGGCGGUGCGGACGGAUGGGAUUGUUCUGGUCAUUGGUCAAGUUGGAGACUCCAGUGUCGACGCUGUGCCCAUGUUCGCCGCUCUGCUGCAUACGUGCAUUGUUCGUGGUAUUCUGGCUGCUAGUCGCAACCAAUUCCGGGAGUUGGUUCGCUUCAUUGAUGAGCACAAUAUUGUGCCGGCUGUCGAUGAUGUGGUGUUCGAGUUGGCUGAGACAAAGAGUGCAUACAGGCGCCUCAAGGAAAGGAAACACUUUGCUAAGGUUUUGAUCAAGAUUGAUUGA